AUGCUGGUGCUUGUGGAUCCCACACUCCAAGGCCUUUUUAACCGUGUAAUUCUAGAAGCUAUGGACAUACUCUUUAGAAUAAGAGGAGGCUUGGAUCUUGCAUUUCAGCUAGCAACUACUGAUGAAGCAUCAACAAAAAAGGCAUUAGGAUAUGUUUUCAGUGAUCUUGCAAACAAACUGUCCUCAGAUGUUCUUGUAUUAAGAAUUUGCCACAGUUCAGUCUAUGUAUGGCCUAACAACGGUAUGAACACUGUUCCAGAGCUGACUGAUGAUUCUGCUUGUAAGGAGAUAAGACGAUUUAUACAAUUUGAUCAAGAUGAUGAGACCAAACGAAAGCUUGGCAAAAAAAAGGAUAAAAAGUUACAAGAUACGCAGCAGAUAGUCAAUAUAGACCUCAUGUUGGAAAUGACAUCUUCAUUGGCUGCUUUGGCUCCAGUCAUUGAAAGGGAAAAUAAGGAACACCACUACGUUAAUAUGACGUUACCAGUUGAUGUUGUUGUAUCUGUUUCUCCAGAAGAAACGUGGGGACAGGUACAAAAUCUCCUGGUGAAAGCAAUUCACAGGCAAUUAACUGACAUGGAAAGAUGUAUCAUGAAAUACGUGAAGGGAACAUCAAUUGUUGUACCAGAGCAAUUUCAUUUCAUGUUACCAGGAAAAAAUCAUCUUGUAACAAUCUCGUAUCCUACAGGUAUUUCAGAUGAUCAGUUGGAAAGUUACAGAAAGGAAUUACAUGAGUUAUUCAAUCUGCCUUGUGACAGACCAUAUUUCAAGAGAGCAAAUGCUUAUCGUUUUCCAGAUGAACCAUAUAAAGAUGGAUACCUCAGAAAUCCACAUUUACAUCUUAAUUCACCUGGUACAGAGUCUGGUACGGUUUACUUAGUACAUGGUGUAUAUAGUUAUCACCACUAUAUGCAGGAUCGGUUUGAUGACAGUGGUUGGGGCUGUGCCUAUCGGUCUUUGCAGACAAUCUGUUCUUGGUUCAAGCACCAAGGUUACAUUGAUGCACCUAUACCAACACACAAGGAAAUUCAACAGGCACUGGUUGAUGCUGGAGACAAACCUGCAGCGUUUGUUGGGUCACGGCAGUGGAUUGGUUCAAUUGAGGUACAGCUUGUUUUGAAUCAGCUUUUUGGAAUAACAUCAAAAAUACUAUUUGUCAGCCAGGGUUCUGAACUAGCGUUGCAGGGAAGAGAGCUUGCUAAUCAUUUCAAGACUGAAGGAACUCCAGUUAUGAUUGGUGGAGGUGUUCUGGCUCACACGAUAUUAGGAGUGGCUUGGAAUGAGAUUACAGGGCACAUAAAAUAUUUGAUUUUAGACCCGCAUUACACUGGAGGAGAAGAUCUGCAUGUUAUUUUGGAAAAGGGCUGGUGUGGAUGGAAGGGCCCAGACUUUUGGAACAAGGACGCCUAUUAUAAUCUGUGUCUACCUCAACGACCAAAAACUAUUUAAAUUCCAAGUUUAUGCUGGGAUAUGCUAAGCCAGAAUACGAGCUGAUCUAGAUAUAACUGUCUUGUUAAUUAUCAGAAUAAUGCUUUAAGUCAAUCAAAACCCUGUUGAAAUAGAAAUGUUGCUUGAGUAAUUUAAAUUAAGAAAUAUUUUUUUUAAAUGAAACCUAAAAAUAAGAGUUAUCUGCUGUGAAGUGUAUUUCUUACAAAUACAUUUAUUAAGUAACUAAUACUCUUUUCUUUUGGCUAGGACAACUUUAUGUUUAUAUAGCAUUUUUUAUUAUGCUAAAAUCUUUA